UCGGAGCGGUUGGCGGGGGCAGUCCGGAGCAUGAGGAGGUCGGCGCGGGUUACAACAGUGAGGACGAGUACGAAGCUGCUGCAGCUCGCAUCGAGGCUAUGGACCCCGCAACCGUUGAGCAGGAACACUGGUUUGAAAAAGCCCUGAGGGACAAGAAGGGCUUCAUCAUCAAGCAGAUGAAGGAGGAUGGCGCCUGUCUCUUCCGGGCUGUAGCUGACCAGGUAUAUGGAGACCAGGACAUGCAUGAGGUUGUGCGAAAGCAUUGCAUGGACUAUCUGAUGAAGAAUGCUGACUACUUCUCCAACUAUGUCACAGAGGACUUCACCACCUACAUCAACAGGAAGCGGAAAAACAACUGCCAUGGCAACCACAUUGAGAUGCAGGCCAUGGCAGAGAUGUACAACCGGCCCGUGGAGGUGUAUCAGUAUAGCACAGAACCCAUCAACACAUUCCAUGGGAUCCAUCAAAAUGAGGAUGAACCAAUCCGCGUCAGCUACCAUCGGAAUAUCCACUACAAUUCAGUGGUGAAUCCCAACAAGGCCACCAUUGGUGUGGGGCUAGGCCUGCCGUCAUUCAAACCGGGGUUUGCAGAGCAGUCCCUGAUGAAGAAUGCCAUAAAAACAUCAGAGGAGUCAUGGAUUGAACAGCAGAUGCUGGAAGACAAGAAGCGAGCCACAGACUGGGAAGCCACAAAUGAGGCCAUUGAGGAGCAGGUGGCUCGGGAAUCCUACCUGCAGUGGCUACGGGAUCAAGAGAAACAGGCCCGCCAGGUCCGCGGCCCCAGCCAGCCCCGGAAAGCCAGUGCCACGUGCAGUUCCGCCACAGCAGCAGCCUCCAGUGGCCUAGAGGAGUGGACCAAUAGGUCCCCGCGGCAGCGGAGUUCAGCCUCCUCACCUGAGCACCCUGAGCUGCACACCGAGUUGGGCAUCAAGCCCCCUUCCCCAGGCACUGUCUUAGCUCUUGCCAAACCUCCUUCACCAUGUGCACCAGGUACAAGCAGCCAGUUCUCGGCAGGGGCUGAUCGGGCUACUCCCCCUCUCGUGUCCCUCUACCCUGCUCUGGAGUGCCGGGCCCUCAUUCAGCAGAUGUCCCCCUCUGCAUUUGGUCUGAAUGACUGGGAUGAUGAUGAGAUCCUAGCAUCGGUUCUGGCAGUGUCCCAACAGGAAUACCUAGACAGUAUGAAGAAAAACAAAGUGCACAGAGAUCCACCCCCAGACAAGAGUUGAUGGAGACCCAGAGACUGGAGACCAUCUCCCAACGCCCACCACUCCUGCCCUCCAGUGCUGACCCACCUUCUUUGGCUUUCUUCCCUCUUGCCUUCUUCCCUCUUUCCCUUCCUUUCCUUCUUCCCCACUUCCCUCUGGCUGACCCACCACUGCGCCCCCUCUCAUCGCUGCCACCACCACCAUCACUCGUCUCUACGCCAGCUGACGUGCCCUGUUGCCCCCUGCACAGCACCAUCCCUGCAUUCCACAGGGGACUUGGGCAAGGGUGCCGAACAUAGGUGAGAGGCACGCAGAGACAAACUAACUGGCAGCCAGGCAGUCCCCGAGAAGAAACAUUCAGACAGAGGAAAGUCUCCCUGCCCCCCCCAUUCCUUCCAAGUUCAGAAAAAUUUGUUACCCCCAACUCCACAGUUAUGCUGGGAAGGUGCGAGGGAGAAGUGGGAAUUCCCCUUCCCAGUACCCCAAGAAUGUUUGAGCCUUCAAUGUUGAAUUUUUUCUUUAUUAAAGUGUACUUUUAUCUUACAAAAUCAACCAAUCCAAAAUGAUAUAGACAACAGCAUUGGCUCUGUGAAGGCGGCAUCUCUGGUUUGGGAGCAGGCCAUGGGCCACAGAGGGGGCACAAAGAUGUGGUUGCUGUCUCUAGCCUCCAGCUCUGUGGAGGUGUGCAGGGUCUAGAGUGCGAGCCGGGACAGGGUGGGGGGCAGGGAGGCAGGUGUCAUAUGGGCUUUGGACACUGAGACUCUGACCUCGCUGCAUUCCUAUUGCUUCCAAACCACCACCAUUACCACCACCGGUCUCUUUGGAAUCUUGGGGUGGGAGGCCUUUGAGGAUCAUGGCGGCCACCGCCUACCCAGGAUUUGAGCAUGGGGAGUGGGAGCAGCCUCAGCAGAUGAGGCACCCGUGCCCUGCAGGUGUUGACAGGAUCCACCAUCUGUAAUGUCCUUGGCACAAUAAAACCAAAUGUCAGUUUUCCCUGAGCGCCUCUGUUCUGUGUGGGGCACGGGGCGGGUGGGGCUCUGGGCAGAGGUGGUGAUGGCAUAGGCCUUGACUUGACCUCUGAGGGCUGCAUGCUCUCCAGUAGGAUAUUUCUGCAGGCCCAGAGUUCAUAUUUGAUUCACUGCUUACUAAACCAACUUCUGGACCUGUUCCCACCAAGAAAGUUCCAUCUUUGCCUGCUGCCUCUGCCUUAGUACUGGCACCUGUACCCUGCCCGCCUUGUGUCCUGGGGUGUGAUGGGAGCAGAGGAGUAGGAGCUUGAGGGCCAGGACUGAACUUCCAGUGUCUCUGCCUGCCUCCUUGCCUAUAUAUGUUUGCUCUUUCCUUGUGAUCUUUGAUGAAGAAAUGCUUUGCAAAGGCACAACAGAGGCUUCAUAUCAACGUAAGUUUAGUGGAAUUGACUGGAGGGGCCUCCUGGGUGUAAGGAAUGGUUGGGUUAAACCCUUUCUUACUGCUGUCCCCUAGUCUUCUGACCCCUUUUCCUUCCUUUCCUUGAGGUAAUGUCAAGGCAGAGAAGGAUGGCUGGCCCACACGUUUUAUCAAUUUUUUUUCCCGUGCCUCACUAAUGGGUCCCCUGUGGAAGGGUGCGUGUCCAGGUCUGCCGGUGAGGGCAUGGCUGGCCAGGUGGCCACCUGUGGGGUGUCUGUGGAAUCCGCUGGUCAUGCAUGCAGAUGUUGGGAGAGUUGGUUUGAAACCUACCUGGCUUUUUCUAGCUGUGUGGCCUUGGUCAAAUCACAGGCUCUCUGAGUUUCAAGGGUUCCAUCACGUGUACAACAAGAGUGAUUAAUGUCUACUACCUCACACUCUCUGGUUGUGAGCAUGGAGAGGGAAUGCAUGUGGUCAACAUAAUGUAUGAAGGCAUGGUGCCUGGCACAUUCUGAGAGCUCAGAUGUUAGCAGAUAGUAUUUUUUCUAAUGUUGAACUUUUCUGCACCAUUUGGCCCCUGCCUACCUCUUCUUGGCUGCUCUGUCCAGUUUCAUUGGCCUCUGCCUGGAAUUUGCCCUUCCCCUGUCCUGAGCCCCCAACCUUGUCCUUCACAAUGGGUAGAAGGUCACCUUCUGAGAAGCUCUGUGUGACUCUAUCCAUAUUCUCACUUCUAAUGUGUCUUUACUCCUUCCCCAGUAACUGUGCAAGGGCUGUGAUGCCUGACUUAAUCUGUGUAUCUCUAAUAUCUGCACCCCUGCCAGGGCCUGGCAGGCUUACCAUAGACCCCUAAUAAAUACUGGAUGAAUAA